CGUCGUUACACGCUCGCGGUGAGGAUCCGCGAUCGGGCGAUCGGCGAGCCGAAAAAGCCGGACUUUUUGCGCGGCCGGCAUUCGCGAGCGCGCCGGAUUUUCAACGUCGCUCUUUAACCGAAUUCAGAGCGUGAUUCGGAAAAGGAUGGAGAAUCGGAGCUGCUUUGGCAAACUAGUCCAAUUGCUACGACAUCCGUUAAACUAACCAUGUUUAAUGUAGCUUUCUUUCUUUAUGGGUCAAUCUUACCAACGUCGAUUAAGUCUUGCUGCAGUUGAUUCUUUUUUAAUGAGCGGAAGAAAAGAACGAGAGAUCGGUUAACGGUGUUAUUUAUCUAUGGCUGUGUCGGCUCGCCACUCAUCCUUGGCCAUCUUGUACCAGCGACACGGCUUCUUAACCUUUUGCUAAACCGUACGGAGGUUACGUUGCGCGAAGGUACUACUUCGUGUAUGCUUGCUGUACCUCGCGGCGUUUUUGCGACCAGUCUUGUCGCGAGAUCCUUGAAUGCUCGUUCUCGCCGCACGUGCAGUGUUGAAUGUGGCCGACUCUCGUCCGUGUUUACGCCGAUUGAAGUUAAGGAUAGUUCCGCUGUUUAGUACGACAAAACACAGCUGCCACGAUGCCGAAGUCGAUGAACGUCAGGGUGACGACGAUGGACGCCGAGCUGGAGUUCGCCAUCCAGCAGACGACCACCGGGAAACAGCUAUUCGAUCAAGUUGUGAAAACCAUUGGGCUGCGUGAGGUAUGGUUCUUUGGCCUCCAGUACACCGACAAUAAGGGCGACCUUACCUGGAUCAAGCUGUAUAAGAAGGUGAUGAACCAGGAAGUCAAGAAGGAGACCCCACUGCAGUUCAAAUUCCGUGCAAAAUUCUAUCCUGAGGACGUCGCCGAGGAACUGAUACAGGACAUCACACUUCGACUUUUUUAUCUACAGGUGAAAAAUGCUAUCCUCACGGACGAAAUAUACUGCCCACCGGAAACAUCUGUCCUGCUGGCCUCGUACGCCGUUCAGGCGAGACACGGGGACUACCAGAAGGGCAUUCAUCCCACUGGCUUCCUGGCCAACGAUCGGUUGUUGCCACAACGCGUCGUAGAUCAGCAUAAGAUGAGCAAGGAUGAAUGGGACAGCUCGAUCACAAACUGGUGGCAAGAGCACCGUGGCAUGUUGCGAGAGGACGCCAUGAUGGAGUAUCUGAAAAUUGCUCAGGACUUAGAGAUGUAUGGUGUGAAUUACUUUGAAAUUCGCAACAAGAAGGGCACAGACCUUUGGUUGGGUGUGGAUGCUUUAGGUUUGAACAUCUACGAGAAGGACGAUAAGCUCACGCCGAAAAUCGGUUUUCCCUGGUCGGAGAUACGGAAUAUCUCGUUCAAUGAUAAGAAAUUCAUAAUCAAGCCCAUCGACAAGAAGGCGCCGGACUUUGUGUUUUUCGCCAAUAGAGUGAAGAUUAACAAGAGAAUUCUCGCGUUAUGCAUGGGCAAUCACGAGCUCUACAUGCGUAGACGUAAACCGGACACGAUCGACGUACAGCAAAUGAAGGCUCAAGCCAGGGACGAGAAGAUCGCGAAACAGCAACAGAGAGAGAAACUGCAACUGGAAAUUGCUGCUCGAGAACGCGCGGAGAAGAAGCAGCAGGAGUACGAAGAGAGGCUAAUAAAACUGACCGAGGAGAUGGGCAGGCGGCAGGCCGAGCUGAGCGAGGCUCAGGAAAUGAUUCGGCGCUUGGAGGAUCAGCUGAAGCAGCUGCAGGCUGCUAAGGAGGAGCUAGAGAAUCGCCAGAAGGAAUUGACGGCGAUGAUGGAGAAGUUGGAGCUUUCGCACGAAAUGGAGGCUGCGGAACGCGCCAAGCUCGAACAGGAGAUAAGAGCCAAGCAGGAGGAGGUGCAACGCAUACAGUCCGAGGUGGAAGCUAAGGACGCGGAAGCUAGGAGAUUACAGGCUGAGUUUGAGGCUGCCAAGUCAAGACAAGAGGAAAUUGACAGACAAUAUCAGGCUCAGAGGCCUGAUCCUCACGUUGAGGAAAAUGAGGAGGGCGAGGAAGAGGGCGAGGAAGGAGGAGACACUAAAGAUCUUGCGACCGAUGAGUCAAUUAUCGAUCCUGUCGAGGAACGACGCACUUUGGCGGAGAGAAACGAGCGUCUCCAUGAUCAGUUGAAGGCGUUGAAGCAGGAUCUCGCUCAGUCGCGCGACGAGACGAAGGAGACGGUGAUGGACAAGAUUCACAGGGAAAAUGUGCGCCAGGGCCGCGACAAGUACAAGACGCUCCGCGAGAUCCGCAAGGGCAACACCAAGCGCCGCGUUGAUCAGUUCGAGAACAUGUAAAUUAACGCGCGUGCAUUUAACCGCUUACCUUAUCCAAGUCUCUUCCUACCUUCAACUUCUCACCCGACUUCGCGGACACGGGAAUGUAGCAAGACGAUGAGAUAUACGAGAAAGCGAUAAAGAGAGGGAAACAGACAGGGAGAGAAAUAGAGGGGUAUAGAUUCCACAGUCGAUGUAUAAAUAGAACCAUUUAAAUAACACACUUUCGAGCAAUUUAACUCUAACCCGUCUCAAGUCCGCGCGAAUGGCGCCCGUGACUUUUGUACGUCGGGAAUUAUGAAUGAUAUUCGCGUCUAGCACGUUAGUUCGAUAACGAUUCUAUACCUUCACUCAAACCGAUAAUCAAAGCUCUCAGUUUUUUUUUUUUUUUCUUCUUUUUUGAGAGGAACGCGACGAGAGCGAACCACUCGCGCCGUCUUCCACACACGCUUCCACGUUGAUUAAUGCUGCACGAUUGGCUCUGUCGGAAACAUCGUCACGCGCAGGAGGAGUGUCUCGCGAGCCUCGCGAGUAAAUUUUCUCGCUGUUUUUGCACUAAAGUGUCUUCGUUGCGAAAGUGGAAAAUUUUCACUAUCCGCUUAGCUAAUUGGGAAAUAAUUCUGAAUACUUACAUUAUUGCGUAACAAUUUAUUAUUCGGUAUUAUUUCUAUCUCGGAGGCGGGCACUUGGCAGGCUGAAACGGCAAGAGAAUUUUCGAUAUUGAAUUCAAUCCGUUAUUGUUACUUAACUCUUUCUCCGCGUAUUGACGGGUCCAACAUCCUCUGAUAUUGAGAUGCUACUAUUGUCUCGCUGCACAAUUAUUACUGCCGAUCAUUUAUUCGCGUAGCGAGACGCCGAUCCUACAACGCUGGUUACCUAAUCCAUCCGCCGUCGCGUAUCGUCCGUCCCCGAUAAGGAUCCGCUCUCGAGAGAAGCCACCUUACAUAUUGCCACCAGCACCAGCGCACUGCUAUCACCACUCGCAUCCCGGCUGAUGCGUCGCGACGACACUCGCGAUCGUUACCCGUUAACGGACGGUUUUCUUCUAUUUGUACGCUUAAUUCGGGCCAUAUUUGUAGACAGAAGGGUGGGUGUACGCGUUCGGAAGUCGCUCGCGAAUGCCGUUUCAUGGAGUUCGCGCGGUAACUCUAGUAGCUGAUCUGCGAUCCGUCGUAGGCCACUUCCGGACAUCGGCCAUAGAGGCCAUCGAGAUGUGCUUUAUAUCGUAGCAAUAGAAAUUUAGGUGCGAUUCACUUCGAAGUUCGUACUGGGCAGCGACCGUCUCUCAAGCAAAAGGGUACUUAGUGGCAUGUUCACUUUUCCGAUCAAUUUUCCUCGGAGAAUUUGUUCGAACAACAGUGGUUUUUUUUUUUUACAGUGGAACAAUGCAUCACGCAAUUCUACGUCACGAAACGCAAACGUUGCGUCAUGGGAUGUUUCCAAAAUUUGUCAGAUGUAUUUCUCACCAAUGAAAAAAGAAUGUAUUCGUUGGAAAAAGUUUGGCAAUUGUGCAAGAUUUUUUUUACACUUAUGUUUCCGAAAUUUCUUAUUUUUAAAAAUUCACAGUAGAACACAAUGUCAUAUUUGUAAAAGAAUUGCAUGCUGCAAUCGUUCCCUUGUAGAAAGGAAACAUCGUUGCAGCGCAAUCCGCGUCACCCCAGAUUAAACGUAAGCGACUCAACGAUAUGGCAUGGCCUAUAUAUUUGCUACCGGUAAAACCGUACCGAACUAUUUUCGUACGUGCGAGUUUCGAUAACACUUUAGCAAUUUUAUAUUGAAUACACUCGUGGCCUUUACUUGAUAUACAUAUAAAUAUAUAUAUAUCGAAGUACUAUAGGUAGUACUAAUAUAAAGUAAGUACACUAGAGCAAAGAGAUAUAGAUAGGAUAUCGCGCUGUAGAGGAUCUGUCCUGCAUGCCUUCAACGCAACGUUGAACUGCGCGAUAUCCGCGAACGGGUUUAGCAACCAAGAUUUUCCGAAAGAAUGAGGGAAUGAGUGCGAGAGAGGGAGAGAAUGUGAUAAGGGAGAUAAUUAACCGUGUGAGAGAGGUCCGAAUGAUAAAGGGGGAAAAAAAAAAAAAAACAUUUAUGGCAAUCUUGGGUAUGCCAUUGUAAUUUUUAAAAGAAACUUUUUGUCCUUUUAAGAGAAUUCUAUACGCAACGCAAUUGUAACACUAACGAAAACUUUUCAAGUAACGUGUAACCUCGAGAUGCUGCCAAUGUUCGUAUGAUGGAAUGCAAACAAAGAGCGAUAACAGUAUGACGAAAUGUGCAAGCUUCGUGAGAAGGUAGAUCGCGGAUUAAUGUAAACGAUCGCCAUAUCAACGAGAGUUUGUACUUUGCUACAUUAUUAUCAUCAGCCGCGCGUUACAAUAAUAUGCGAGAGAGGAAAAAGUACAGGAAUAAUAACGAUAGAUAUUUUUCGAUUAUAUUUAAUAUUAAAAAUUUACAAAUUAGUAGUGUUAUUAUAUUAUUAAUAUUAAUGUUUACAAUUUAGUAGCGUUAUUAUUAUUAUUUUAUUAUUAUUAUGCAGUUAAUAAUGAACGAGAACUAAAGCAAAGCAUUUUAUAGCCGUCAAUUUGUACUCUUAAGAUAAAUCUAGCACAUAGAUUUAGUAGCAGAAGUUUACUCCAGUUGAGUAUUCGAAAUAUUGAAUGAUUUUUUAAUUCGAGUCAGUUAUAUUUUUCGACUUUUUUCCAGAGACUCAAAUUUGCAGCAAAAUUUCUCUAAUUGAACAUAUUUAACAAAGUAUAUUUAUAAGCAAAAAGGUCGAAACGUAAUAUGUAAUGUAUAAUUAAAUUAUUGAACAUAUUUCAGCAAUGUGACAGUUGAUUGUUUUCACUUUUUUAGCCUGCCGUGUUUGAUAGUGUGUGACUCUGCGACUCAAUAUAUGUGCGAACAAAAAUAUCUAAUUAAUUAAAAGGAUCACACGAUACAUUCUAACAGUCGAUGAAGUGAGCGUGAAUAGACGUGAACGCUCGUCUCGAUGCUCCUUGGCGAUUAAAACGUAUUGGCGAAACCGAUAAAUUUUUAUUGUGACAUUCCAGAAGAAUUUCCUGUAAAGUGCUUUUUCUCCUCGAUUUACUUUGAACUUCUACGAAUACGAAUAACGAAUUAUAGAUAUUCUGUU